AUGUCUCCAAGAGAUGUUCAUGUUCGAUUGCAUUAUCUCGACGAGACGAACACUGACACGACCUCCAAGAGAAAGCUAGCAUGCAAAACACCAACAUUAAGCGUACUCGAGACAAUUCACGAUGUCCGUGAAGUCUAUGAAGACUUCACUCUUGACCUUCACGGAUUCCGUUAUGUCAAAGCAUCAACCAAGCUCGAAGAUUGGGCAUCGGAGCAGGACAUAAAACGUGAUCUCAUCCCAGAGAUCGAGGACUUGUUGCGCCAUGAAUUGGAGGGCUGCGAUGAGAUAAACGUUAUCAGCAUAAAGGUGAGUGCUCCAGCCUCGUUGGUGAUUUGUCCUAACCAGUACAAUCAACAACAGCAGCAUCACGAGAAUGGUUGCAAUGAACUGAUCCAUGUCGAUUACACCGCAUCAAGUGUAGAGUCACUGGUGCGCCAAAUGUACGAGAUAAAGGCCGACUAUCUACUCGCAGGAAGAGUCCGCCUGAUUAAGGAUAUCUCGACGAUCGAUACAGGCACAGCCAUGCGUCACGGUGUUUAUCGCGAUGAAUACCGCUGGUACUAUAUGAGCGAGCAAGCCGAGGAGGAUGUCCUGUUGUUCAAGACCUACGACAGCGACCAGAGCGUACCUGCUACUACAUGUCUCCGCACAACAUUCGACAUACCCAACACUCCUACCGAUACGAUCUCCAACACAAUUGAGAUUCAAGCAUUGGUCUUUACGCAUCCCGCCAACAAGCAAGUCUCAUAUGAUCGACGAUCAGGCGAUGAAGAGAUCCAGUUGUUGAAGAGAGAAAAUAGAGCCCUUUCAGACGAAGUCUCACACAAUCAAGCACUGGUAAGAGCAGGCUUGGAUCUUCGUCAAUGGGAAUCUAGCAAGACAGCGGAACGAAUGCAUCACCUCAUCUCUGACCGCGACCACUCCCGUGCCGAAACUCUUGCACUGAGCAUGCAGCUCAACUACUUGGAGGACUGGGUCGCAAACUUCUACAUGUCAUGGAGCUCAUCAUGCCAUAAAGAUUCCUUGGUUGGCCAGAUGCAACAUUUGAUAUGCUCGACACCAAGAUUACGUCAACGGCUCGGACAGGAUCAACAGGCGCACCUUAGUCUUGUGCAAAGCAUGAACAUGUACGGACCGCAUGCCGAGAUGCUGCUGCUACGCCAACAACUGCAAGCUCAGUGUGCCGAGAAGAGANGGCUCAAGGUUCAGAUCAACGCUCGGGUCGAGGACAAGAUGAAUGAAGCCUUCGGCUCUGCGCUGCAGGUGGCUGUCGAGCAUGAGCGUGGCAAAGAUAACGUGGUUAUCGAGGCUCUGCGCCAUGAGAUCCAUAGGCUGCAUUUGUCGCUGAAAGCAAAGACUCCUGAGAGCGAAGACUCCGCUGAUUUGAUA